ACUGAAAUUCCGUCACAAACAUUGCCAAGAAUCGACGUGAUUGCGGACAAAAUUUUGUUUUUGCACUUGCUUGAAAAUUUCGCCUCCAUCGACGAGCGCAGCGAUUGGGCCUGAUAUAUACCGCAUAUAGCCGUCUACGCCGCAAUUGUGCAACGGAUAACGAGAAUACGCGAAGAGCAGGCGUGCGAACGGGGAAAGCGCAGGGAAAAUGGGAAAAACUCCCACUUCGCCAGCGAACGAAAGGAAAGGGGAAAUUGUGUGAUGUCAUUUCGGCUGUUUCUUUUCGAGUUAAUUGAAACAACUUCCUGCGCUGCGUUUUCAGUUUCUGCUGCCAACUGUUUUAUACGCGCCUAUGUGUGCGUGCGGCAGUGCGCUGGUGUGUGUGUGUGACUUACAUACGCAUAUAAAUAUAGUGCAGAAUUAUUUGCCGUUAAAAGCCCACGGUUAAUUGGUCAUUAAGCGCUGUUUAAUUUACUAAUUUAGCGCGGUGAGAGAAGAGAGGAGAAAACCCGCAGCGAUAUCAUUCCGCACACACACACACGUUCGCAUUCACACAAAGCACACCGCGAGUGGAGUUGUGUGAGUGUGGGGUUUCGAUAAAAAUAAUAAAUAAGAAAAAGCACUGAAGUACAACACAACAGUGCGGCAUAAACAAAUCGACUUCUAUCGAUUUCCCUCCAAAACAUAAAAUUGUAUCGAAAAGAUUCCGCCCAGGAUAGAAGCAACAACAGCAACAACGAGGAGAUUCACCUGCCACGCCCACGGGCAGCUGUACCGUCCACCUACACCUACAACACCACCACCCCCACCCCCUUCCCCGACCACUAAGGACACCAUCCAUCCAUCAUCAUGUCCAGCGGCAGCAACACGGACAACGGCCCAUCGGCGGGCCAAUCUGUGCAGGAUCUGCAAAUGGAGGUGGAGCGCCUCACGCGCGAACUGGACCAGGUGUCCUCCGCCAGCGCCCAGUCCGCCCAAUACGGACUGUCCCUGCUGGAGGAGAAGUCCGCCCUGCAGCAGAAGUGCGAGGAACUGGAGACGCUCUACGACAACACGCGCCACGAGCUGGACAUCACACAGGAGGCGCUGACCAAGUUUCAAACCUCACAGAAAGUGACCAACAAGACGGGCAUCGAGCAGGAGGACGCUCUGCUGAACGAAUCCGCAGCUAGGGAGACAUCGCUCAACCUCCAAAUCUUUGAUCUGGAGAACGAGCUUAAGCAACUGCGCCAUGAGUUGGAAAGGGUUCGCAACGAGCGCGAUAGGAUGCUUCAGGAGAACUCGGAUUUUGGGCGGGACAAGAGCGACAGCGAGGCGGAUCGCCUGCGCCUCAAGUCCGAGCUGAAGGACCUUAAGUUCCGGGAGACGCGUAUGCUUAGCGAAUACUCGGAGCUGGAGGAGGAGAACAUAUCGCUGCAAAAGCAGGUAUCCAGCCUGCGCAGCUCACAGGUGGAGUUUGAAGGUGCCAAACACGAGAUCCGUCGUCUCACUGAAGAAGUUGAGCUGUUGAAUCAACAGGUCGACGAGCUCGCAAAUCUUAAGAAGAUUGCCGAGAAGCAAAUGGAGGAAGCGCUAGAGGCCUUGCAGGGUGAACGUGAGGCGAAAUAUGCAUUGAAGAAGGAGCUGGAUGGCCACUUGAACCGUGAGUCUAUGUACCACAUCAGCAACCUCGCCUACAGCAUACGCAGCAACAUGGAAGACAACGCCAGCAACAACUCGGACGGUGAGGAGGAAAAUCUGGCUUUAAAGCGUCUGGAGGCUGACCUGAGCACCGAACUUAAGUCUCCUGACGGCACCAAAUGUGAUCUCUUUUCGGAGAUUCAUCUGAACGAACUAAAGAAACUGGAGAAGCAGUUGGAAAGCAUGGAAAGCGAGAAGACUCAUCUGACGGCGAAUUUAAGGGAAGCGCAGACGAGUCUGGACAAGUCACAAAACGAGCUGCAGAACUUUAUGUCUCGUCUGGCUCUUCUUGCGGCCCAUGUCGAUGCUCUAGUCCAGCUAAAGAAGCAGAUCGAUGUGAAAGAGCAGGGCAAGGAAGGUGACCAGAAGAAGGAUGAACUGGAGCAGCAGCUGCGGGCGUUAAUCUCGCAGUACGCCAACUGGUUUACGCUCUCCGCCAAGGAGAUCGAUGGCCUUAAGACUGACAUUGCUGAACUUCAGAAGGGACUCAACUACACGGACGCCACCACUACGCUGCGCAACGAGGUGACCAACCUUAAGAACAAGCUUCUUGCUACGGAGCAAAAGUCACUGGACCUGCAGAGCGAUGUUCAAACUCUGACGCACAUCUCGCAAAACGCUGGCCAAAGUCUGGGCUCAGCUCGCAGUACUUUGGUGGCCUUAAGCGAUGAUUUGGCGCAGCUGUAUCACCUAGUUUGCACAGUCAACGGAGAGACACCAACGCGUGUUCUGCUCGAUCAUAAGACCGAUGACAUGAGCUUUGAAAACGAUUCUUUGACUGCCAUCCAGUCACAAUUCAAAUCGGAUGUCUUUAUUGCCAAGCCCCAGAUCGUCGAGGAUCUGCAAGGCUUGGCGGAUUCCGUGGAAAUUAAGAAGUACGUGGAUACAGUCAGUGAUCAGAUCAAGUAUCUGAAGACGGCUGUUGAGCAUACCAUUGAUUUGAAUAAACACAAAAUCCGCUCCGAGGGUGGCGAUGCUCUGGAGAAGGUUAACACAGAGGAGAUGGAGGAACUGCAGGAGCAGAUAGUCAAGUUGAAGAGCCUGCUGUCCGUGAAGCGCGAACAGAUUGGAACUCUGCGCAACGUGCUCAAGUCAAACAAGCAAACCGCUGAGGUGGCACUGACCAAUCUCAAGUCCAAGUACGAGAACGAGAAGAUCAUUGUCAGCGACACCAUGUCCAAGUUACGUAAUGAGCUCAGGCUUCUUAAGGAGGAUGCAGCCACAUUCUCAAGCCUGCGUGCCAUGUUCGCCGCUCGAUGCGAGGAGUAUGUGACCCAGGUGGACGAUCUCAACCGCCAAUUGGAGGCAGCAGAGGAGGAGAAAAAGACUCUAAAUCAGCUGUUGCGCCUGGCUGUCCAGCAGAAGCUGGCACUCACUCAGCGACUCGAGGAGAUGGAAAUGGACCGCGAAAUGCGUCACGUCCGUCGGCCGAUGCCUGCCCAGCGUGGCACGAGCGGCAAGUCCUCCUUCAGCACGAGGCCUUCGAGCAGGAAUCCAGCAAGCAGUAACGCCAAUCCAUUCUAACAUAAGAUAAGCGUGCAGCGUAAACUUCUAGCUUUGGUUUAUACUUUGCUUAAGUUGUAAAGUCGUUGGAGUUCCUGCGGAAAUGAGAGAUUCCCAAAAUCACAUGAUAUACUGCGAACGUAUUCGAGAACGAAGCUAUAUCCCAGCUCUAUCCAACUACUAUAACUAUGUUUGUUUGUAUUGUACUUGUAUUUAUUGAAAGUUUAGUUAGAUGAAAGUCUUGUGUUAGGCAAGGGAGCAACAAACGGUUAUUAACGGUUAGUUACUUAAACGUCCAUUUAAUUUAAUUAAAAACAAAAAAAGGAAAACUUUAAGGAAGAUUAAACAAUAACGUAACGCAUUGUAUUUUUCUAUACACCAAUGGCGUACUUGUCCUAAAGACGGCUGAUUGGUUUGAUCUGAAUUUUGUUAACUGUCGCGAUGAUUUUUUGAUUUUUGUUAACAACGCUGUGCGCAAGCGAAUAAAUUGACAAACUAAUAAGAUACACAAAUUGAUGUUGAAGAGAAGGUAUUCAUAUUGGCAACUGAAACAUGCAUUAAUUGGCCAACCCGAUAACUAAAAGUAUAUUUCCAUGGUCCAGUUUAAGCUAAUUGGCCAACAAAGAUGUACGUAAUGUAUAUUACCCGCAUGGCUUGCAGCCAUUGAACCUAAAGUAGCACCAGGCUACGUCUCAAAGACGAUUCAGACAGAUGAAGAUUUUUGUAUUUAUUGAGCGGCAUUUGGUCGCCAUGAAAUGAAGAAAUUGUAGGUAAUUAAUUAUAAUUUGCAAUUGAGAAAAACUGAGUUUUUGUGGCUUAUGUAGCAUUAAUUGCAAACAUAACUUAUGAUUUGUGCAUUAUUAUUUAAUACAAUUAAUAAAUUGCACCACAACAAAACUAAGCAAGAAAAUACAUUAGUUUCUUUUUAUUUUUAUAAUUUAAGUGCGGAUUACCGUUAAUUUUUUACACUUACAUUUAACAUUACAUUACAUUUAACCCGAUGAAAAACAAUUAUUUUUGCUUAAUUCGAACAGCGUUGAAUUGAUGCUAUGUUUAAACCAGAAAUAAAUAACUAUGGUGAUUACCAGCAGCUUAACCAACAUAAGAAUAGCAAGAAUAGCGUUAAAGUUUAAAGGAUAUUAUUAUAGUAGCUAAUUGAACAUAAAAGGUAGAGAUAUCAGCCAGAGCACUUUCUGUAGUAGUUUUGAAAUUAAUCCACCCAAAAAACCUGGUUGCUUCUUUUUGGGUUCUUGAUGUUUUCGUUGUCAAUCGGAAAAGAUCAAUAUUAUUCUACAUGAAAUUUAUAUAUACAAGAUCGCAUAUUGUGUAAAUUACCGAGCCAUUAAAUUGAAUUUAUAUUUAAAUAAACACAGACACACAUACUGAUACACACAACGUCCAUUCAUGCAUUCACAUAUUAACUCUUUGGAGUUGCCUAUACAAAUUAUGCAACGUGCCAGGACAGCGAGGAGAUGCCCUCUAAUUAAUUGUAAAUAUAUUUAUAUACACAUUGAAGUCAGUAGAUAUUUCGAAUGAGAAGCAAGCGAACAAAACAAGUUGCAUACAUAUUUCAAAUGAUUUUAUUGUAAUUUUUACCGUCCCUUUAUGCGAACAAAUAAAAAAAUACAAAGUCUAUUUA